CCCUUGGUCAAGUCUUCUCCCCUUCUUCCUAGUUCCUCCCGCCUUCCUUCCCCAAUUCCCCAACCUCAAGUCCCAACCCUCGCUUACCACCUUCUCCGGCCGCCGUUCGCCGCCGUACGUUGUCCGCCUUUGGAUUCACCCGCUCUCCUCCUCACUCACUAGCCCUACUGCUCUCUGGAACCUUCCCUGUGAAGGGCCGCCGCGUGGCGUGCCUGUACGGGCGGGCAGGCAGGCGGUACGGAUGGAUCGUCCCAGCGGCGUUGGCGGCGGCGGCGGGAUGCCUCUGCCCCAGCACAUGCCUGAUGCCGUGGGCCUCGCCGCAGCGGCUGAUCCCCAGUUCGUUCUGAUGCGCAACACUAUGCGCGAGAAGAUGGGGUUCUAUUGGCUUUGCUCUAGCCUCUAGCUUUCACUGCAACAGCAUGAGCUCCCUUGGUUUCGCAAGGAGGAUACCGAAGAGGCGGCGGACUACCAAGACGCCACCGCAGCAGCAAGUGGAGCGACAACUUCUGGACCUGAACUCAUUUCCAGCUUUUGAAGGAGCUGGUAAUGGGGGUUCACUAUCCAUCCAGGAGCCUGCCUCACACAGCAGGACCUCUGGUACGGUGGUUGCCGAGACCUCACAGCUCUUGUUGCCACCUGCUGCUGCAGAGUCAAACAUUGGCAUGAAUAGUUUCCCCAUCGAUGUGGAAGUGAUUGAUGAUGAUGUUGUGAUUUAUUCUUCAAGACCACUUCCUCAAGCUAGGCAACAAUCAGCCACUGUGAUAAUAGAUGAUGAUUCUGAAACUCCUGCUGGACCAACAGAAUGGGAAGGGCUUGAUGAGCAUGUGAACACAUUAUUGUCUCUGGGGAUGAACCCUAGGCACAGUUGCUCGAGAGCACCGAACAGCCUUGUAAUAAACAUAGAAGACACACCUGAAACCAACAUCUUGCCCAAGGCUGUGCAGGCUCUCCCUGAACCUGUGAGGGAGGUCCCAAGGGAGCCAAAGUUCAGCUGCCCAGUCUGCAUGAAUGAGCUGGUUGAACCAUCGUCAACCAUCUGUGGUCACAUCUUCUGCCAGAAGUGCAUCAGGGCUGCCAUCCAGGCUAAUAAGAAGUGCCCCAACUGCCGGAGGAAGCUGCACAUGAACAACUUCCACCGGGUGUACCUCCCAACGACAGAUCAUUAGACUGAUCCAGCCAUCCAGGGAGCAUUAGAGCUGGGGUACCUGACCCUUUUUGGCAUCGGCAAUUGUGGACUGUAUCUGAACUAUUCUUCACAGGGUUUAUCAUCGACACUCAGUUCGCCCUAACAAUUUAACAAGUGCUUGAAACGUGGUAACAAAUCUGCAUCCCUGGUAAAGGACCCAUAGUCUUUUAAGUGAAAACCUGUGCUUGGUAUUGUGAGCUUCAUUAGCUAAGAAAUAUUUAACACA